AUGUUCUCCCUCUCCUUCUGCGGGUCCCUCCUGAUCCGACACUUCUUCUGUGAUAUCCCUUCCGUGGUCCAACUCUCCUGCUCCAAAACGCACCUCGUCGUCGAAGUGACCGUAGUCACCGGGGCCCUUUCGGGCUUCUCCUGCUUCGUCUCCAUCGUGGUCUCGUACGUGCACAUCUUCCGGGCCGUGCUGAGGAUGCCGGCCACUGAGGGCCGGGCCAAAGCCUUCUCCACCUGCCUGCCCCACCUCGCCGUCACGACCUUGUUUUUCACUUCGGCUGUCUUCGGUAACUUAUAUCCACCCUCGGACUCCUCCUCAGCUCUGGACCGGCUGUUGUCCGUGUUCUACACGGUGGUGCCUCCCGGAGCUUUUCCUGAAAGGCCCGGCUUCGCCGAGGGCCCGAUGCACUCCAAGCAGGAAGCCAGAAGAGCCAGGACUCCAUAUGCUUCCCAGAGAUCCUCCCGCGGCUGA